ACGCACACAGUCCACCAAAGCCAUUGCAGCGUGACGUUGGAUAAAAAUCAUCAGUUGCUGCCAGAGGGCUUCAUUGACGAACAAACCACCGCCGAGGGUGGUACAAACGACCGGGGUUACAGAUGGAUUGGUGAUAGCGAGUGCGAAAGUGUUAUGUUAGUGUUACAGACAGAAGUGACAAAGUUCAAAAUGACUCCUCUAGUUUUGUUGUUCGCUUUGACAAUUGGACAUGUAACCGGGGUGGUGGAGUUAAGCUGUAGUGACAAUGCUACGUGCAUCGAGCAGAUGCUUAAGGAUACAGCGAGGAGUUUGCGGCAGCAGAAGAUAGUUAGGUUGUUCGAUGCACUGACGAUCGAACCAUUGGGCAUGAGGUCGGCGAGAGCGAACGAGAGUCCUCUGACGAGAUUCACGAAGAAUCACGCUUUCAGCUUCGACUGGAACGACUAUACGUUUAGAGUGACGCGACCGCAGGGCAGGAGUGACGUCAUGGACUUGGAAAUCUACGAGAGCAGGAGUGCUAAAGAUGUUUCGGAUCAGAAUCCGAAGAAAUCGUCAAGCAAAGUCGAGGAAGAAAAGGAAGAAGACAAAGGGCCGCAUCGACAAAAGUUAGGCCUAAGUAAGUAG